CACACACACACACACACACACACACUGAUGACCAGACUGGAAACCAGCUGCAUCUGCUCUCCCUCUCACCGUGGCACGCGCAUUCUCGAGGAAGUAGGCAAAGCGAGCGAACAUGGAGGACUGGCGUUUCUUAUUUUUCGCCGCGCUGGGCUGUUUUUCGCCGGAGAGGCGGGUGUCUGCGGAGGAGGGUCGUCGCUCGUCGGCUCCGCUCUGAGCCAGCGGACGGCCGUUAGCCUGCUAGCUUGCUCUUUGAUGUUCAUUCCUCCGUCCGACACGUAGCGUUUAUGUCUCCGCUAUUUAAGCCUAAUUAAAGCUUCCAGGAUGAUACCGACCGACUAGAUUAACGCGAGCGACGAACUUUACCUGUCGACGUUUCGCGCUCGGCUGUGUGAGUUAGCUGAUUUUGGGAAUAGCUGUUAGCGCUAAGCUAGGAAGGAAGAAAAAAAACAACAACUAUUAAUGCGAUUUAAGGAAACAUCCGAACUACAGCGGUGAUGAAGAUAACCAGCUGGAGCGGUUUGUGUCAAUGACUGAGGAGCUGUUGUUUCUAGAGGACAAAGAGGCUGCACUCUGACAAUGAGUGCACGAUCUGUCGUGCUGGUAAUUUAUAAAACUAUUUAUUAUGAUUAACACGCACUUGCUGGGUAGAUCAUCAGACACUUCAUAGGCUGGGACUCAUGGCUUCUGUUAUGAUCAUCGGUUACAUUUUCUCCAAUCCGUGCUGCUCGUUUCGUGGUUAAAAAGUGAUCUGGAGUGUUGGCAUGUCAAACGGCGUGUAGAGUGGCUCGGAUCGGAACUACCAACCAUGCGCGUGUCUUCGCUGUUGGCCCUGUUCAGGCCUGCUCUGCCCCUGAUCCUCGGACUGUCUCUGGGCUGCAGUCUGAGCCUUUUGAUGGUGUCCUGGACGCAGGGGGACACUGACGACCCCUGCAGAGACGAGCUGAGCAAUGGCCGGCUCUUCAUGGGGAUAGGAGACACCCAGAGGGACCCCCGGGAUGCAGCAGGGGAGGAAGACUUUGAGCCACGUAUCGUGCCCUACCAUAAAGACCCCAACAAGCCACACAAGAAAGUCCUCAGAACGCGAUACAUUCACACUGAGCUGGGCAUCAGAGAGCGGCUGCUGGUGGGCGUGCUGACCUCCAGGGCCACCCUCAACACCCUGGCCGUGGCGGUCAACCGCACAGUCGCCCACCACUUCCAUCGCACCUUUUUCUUCACGGGCCUGCGCAGCCCCAAGGUGCCUCACGGCAUGACGGUGGUCGCCCAUGGCGACGACCGGCCCGUGUGGCUGAUGUACGAGACGGUGCGCCACCUCCACCAGCACUACGGCUCGGAGUACGACUGGUUCCUGUUGGCCCAGGACGACACCUACAUGCAGGCGGACCGCCUGUCCGAGCUGGUGGGCCACCUGAGCGCCGGUCAGGACCUGUACAUGGGCCGGGCGGAGGAGUUCAUCGGCGGGGAGGAGAAGGCGCGCUACUGCCACGGCGGGUACGGCUACCUGCUGUCACGCAGCCUCCUGGCCCGCCUGCAGCCCCACCUGGACACCUGCCGCAACGACAUCCUCAGUGUGAGGCCCGACGAGUGGCUGGGCCGCUGCAUCAUCGACUACCUGGGUCUCAGCUGUGUGGAGGUGCACCAGGAGAUGACUUAUCGCUACUUCGAACUCGGGAAAAACGCAGACCCGGAGCGCGAAGACAGCGCUCAGUUUAAAAACGCCUUCACCGUCCACCCCGUGUCCGAACCCAACGUCAUGUACCGCCUCCACAAGCGCUUCAGCCAGAUCGAGCUGGACUGGACCUACACGCAGAUCCAGCAGCUGCAGAUGCAGAUCAACAACCUGAGCGACCUGACGCCGGAGGGGAAGGCCGGAGUCACCUGGCCGAUUGGGAUCAACCCUCCCUUCAAGCCCAGGACGCGAUUCGAGGUGAUAAACUGGGAGUACUUCACCGAGGAGCACAUCUACUCCUGCGUGGACAGCUCCCCCAAGUGCGAGAUGAGAGGAGCCGACCGCGCCGACGUGAGCGCCGUCCUGGAGAUCGCGGUGGAGCGGCUGAACGAGCGCUACCAGCCGCAGCUGCGCUUCCGCAAGCGGCGGCUCCUCAACGGCUACCGCCGCUUCGACCCCACGCGCGGGAUGGAGUACAUGCUGGACCUCGCCCUGGAGGCCUACACCCAGAAAGGUCACAGCCAGGUCAUCGCCAAGCGGGUCAACCUGCUGCGGCCCCUGAGCGCGGUGGAAAUCAUCCCCAUGCCGUACGUGACGGAGGCGACGCGGGUGCAGGUCAUCCUCCCCGUCACCGCCCAGGACCAGGACUUCGUGGGGAACUUCCUGGACAUGUACGUGAUGAACACCCUGGACACCCACGACAACGUCCUGCUGACCUUCCUGUUCAUCUACGACCCGUUCGACGCGCAGCGGGUCAGCCAGACCGACGUGUUCGCCGGCAUCAAGGCCAUGAUCGGCGAGGUGGAGAAGCGCUACGGCGACGUGAAGAUCCCCUGGAUCAGCGUGAAGACCGAGGUCCCCUCGCAGGUCAAGCUGAUGGACAUCAUCUCCAAGAAGCACCCGGUGGACACGCUGUUCUUCCUGGCCAGCGUUUGGACCGAGGUCAACGCCGACUUCCUGAACCGCUGCCGCAUGAACGCCAUCAGCAACUGGCAGGUGUUCUUCCCCAUCCACUUCCAGGAGUUCAACCCGGCCGUCAUGUACCGCGACCAGCAGCCCUCCGCCGCCUCCUCCUCCUUCGCCUCCGACUCGCUGCGGGACGGGCACUUCGACCGCCACGUCUUCGACGAGGCCUGCUUCUACAACGCCGACUACAUGACGGCCCGCACCAAGAUGGCGGCCGACAUCCUGGACAACGAGGAGCUGCUAGAGAGCAUGGACGUGUACGACAUCUUCGUGCGCUACUCGGGCCUGCACGUGUUCCGGGCCGUGGAGCCCGCGCUCAUCCAGAAGUACGUGCGGCGGGCGUGCAACCCGCGCUUCAGCGAGGACAUCUACCACCGCUGCGUCCUCAGCAACCUGGAGGGGCUGGGCUCGCGCUCGCAUCUGGCCAUGGCGCUGUUCGAGCAGGAGCAGGCCAACAGCACGUAGAGGCAGGAGGUGGAGGACGCUC